AUGGCUGAUCUUUCUUCCCUGGAGAAAGAUUUGACGGAAUGCAAAUCUCAGAUUGAAACUGUCAUCUUAGGGCUGGAGGUAGACCCUGAUAAUGUGGAACUAAAGAGUCUCAAAACCGAACUUGAAGAAUACAUUGCUGCGCUCGAAACUCAAAUUGCCGAACUCAAGCCAAGUGCGCCCGCCGAACCAGCUCUCAAGCCUGGCCAAUCCAAGCCCCAUGGACAAUCUACUGAGUAUUCAAGGGAGAAAUCGGCCGUAACUACCACUCCUGUCUUCUCAGUGAACGAUACUGUUCUUGCGCGCUGGGUCUCUGGCGAUAAGGCUUUCUAUCCGGCCAAAAUUAACUCCAUCACUGGCUCAUCGACCAACCCAGUGUACCUUGUCACAUUCAAGUCAUAUGCAACUGUGGAAAAUCUGACAGCCAAGGAUAUCCGACCCAUCUCUGGCACUGACUCGCGAAAGCGCAAGGCUGAUGGAACCCCAGGCAGUUCGGCACCUCCCUCGCCCGCUCUCCCCCACCCCAAUGUGAUCUCCGCCGCAGCAGAUAUCAACCCCGCAUUGGCUACCCAGGCUCGCAACGAACCGAGCAAGGCCAGUGAUGGACUAGCUCGUCCGGCCAAGGUGCCCCGAAAGUUUAAGCCCAACAAGGAACUCGAGGAAGGCAAGAACAAAUGGCAAGAUUUCGCUGCAAAGACCAAGGGCAAGGGCAAAUUUGGCAAGAAGGAGAGCAUGUUCCGCACUGGUGAAGGCGUUAAUGCACGAGUUGGAUUUACAGGUUCCGGACAAACCAUGCGAAAGGAUCCGACCCGAACCCGCCACAUUUACCAACAGACCGAUGAUGACGGCUAUUAG